AACUCAUUCUCUAUUAUCUUUGCAACUUGUUUUAGUGCUUAAAGUGGUCACAUAAAAAAGCUUAACGAAAGUCUUAUGCUUCCCAAGGACGUGGGUGCCUUGCUCUAUAGUGUCUAUAAAUACCCUAUGAUACUUCCUAUAGCUAAUUAAAGAUGACAAUUUUGUACCACAAGUUUUAAUUCAAAUUCUCUCAAAUAUCCAAAGCGUGGUGAACUAAGUCCUAUAGUCUAAUCUAGUUUUGUCUCUAUAAGUAUAGCCUAACAUUUUGCAUUUCAUCUAGUGAAAAGAAAACCAUUCAAGAAUUAGAAAAAUGGUAUCUUUUUCUUUGGUUCUCAUUUGGGUGUUCUUUCUUUUUUACAUUCCAAUACAAUGUAGGCUGCUUAGUUAUAAUACUAAACCUCACCACCAUUUGCUAGCAAUAUCUAGAAUUUCAUUGCCACCUUCUCCUGCACCUGAGGCUGCUGCUGUUAGCCCAAGUUACAAUGCACAUGAUUCUAUUAAUAAUAAAGUCAGUACUGUUUUCAAUGUACUGUCUUUUGGUGCUGUUGGGGAUGGUUUUAGCGAUGAAACUCAAGCCUUUAAGAUGGCUUGGGACACAGCAUGCCAGACAGAACAGCAACAACAAGAAGAAGCCAUUGUUAUUCUUGUUCCUCGAAGCUAUAGUUUCAUGAUACAAUCUACAAUAUUCACAGGGCCUUGCAAAUCAUCAAAUAUUUCUUUUCAGAUUGAUGGGACACUGAUGCCACCAGAUGGACCUGAUUUCUGGCCAAGAAAUAUCACUAAGAGACAGUGGCUGGUUUUCUAUAGAGUCAAUGGUGUGGCAUUGUUAGGUGGUGGUCUUAUUGAUGGGAGAGGACAGAAAUGGUGGGAUCUUCCUUGCAAGCCUCACAAAGGAGUCAAUGGAACUACAGCACCUGGUCCUUGUGAUAGCCCAGUUGCUAUAAGGUUCUUCAUGAGCUCCAAUGUGACAGUAAGAGGAAUAAGAGUCAUGAACAGUCCUCAGUUCCAUUUUAGAUUCGAUGGUUGCCAAAACGUUCAUGUCGAAUCACUUUCGAUAAAAUCACCUUCUAUGAGUCCCAACACUGAUGGAAUCCAUAUAGAGAACACUAACAAUGUGAGAAUACAUAAUUCACUCAUAGCCAAUGGAGAUGACUGUGUUUCAAUUGGAGCUGGUUGUUACAAUGUAGACAUAAAAAACCUUACUUGUGGCCCAAGUCAUGGAAUUAGCAUUGGAAGCCUUGGCAUGCGCAAUUCGCGAGCCUGUGUUUCAAACAUUACAGUGAGCGAUUCGAUCAUCAAACACUCAGACAACGGAGUUCGAAUCAAAACAUGGCAAGGGGGAUCAGGACAAGUUUCUGGAGUAAAAUUUCACAACAUUCACAUGGACACAGUUCGAAAUCCGAUUAUUGUAGACCAGUACUAUUGCUCCACCAAGAGCUGUCAAAACCAAACCUCUGCAGUACAUGUUUCAGACAUUGUUUACUCAAACAUAAAAGGAACUUAUGACAUAAGAAGCCCUGCUAUACACUUUUCUUGCAGUGACUCAGUACCUUGCACAAAUCUUACUCUUUCGGAAAUAGAGCUUCUUCCAGCCAAAGGAGAGUUUAUGUCAAACCCAAUUUGCUGGAAUGCUUAUGGAAUUAUGGAGACACUUUCUAUACCACCAGCAUUUUGUCUCUUGGAUGGAAAUCCACUAGUAAUGCAGGACAGGGAUGUUGACCAGUGUUGACCAUUGGUAUGGAUACCAAAAAAAGAGUUAAGUUUUUAUAGCUGUAUUAGUGAAAGUAAAAGUAUGAAUAUGUCAUUACUACUCAUGUAUUUAUAGUAAAAGCCAUUGAAAAGAAGCCACUGUAUCUUGUUA